UACAUUCUAGGACUUCAAAGUUAACCGCGUCCUACAUCCACAAAUGCGCCCCCAAAUAUAACCUCACUAUACUGCUAUUGGUAAGCCGAGAUACCUACCUAGGUAGGUAUGGUAGUCAUAACCACCCGGGGACUUUUAAGCCAAGUUCACUUAUUUAUUUAGUUUUAACCCCCCCAAGAGGGGCAUCAUCACUUUUCUAUAAGUGACUGACAAUUUGGGUAUGAUCGUACAUUAUUUUUCAAUAUGAAUGUGUUAAAAGGAAUGGCUCGUGUAACCUUAUUCGGGUCUAGAAAUGACGGCAGUGGCGUUUCUUUCGAGCCUUCGCGCGAUAUCCCGUCCCUAGCCGGGAAAAUCAUCCUUAUUACAGGCGCAGCCGGGGACUUAGGCCGGCAGACAACUAUUGAGCUCGCGCGUUAUGGGAAGCCCGCUCGUAUUUACAUUGCCGAUUUACCCCUGGACGAGGAUGGGAAGAAAGAACUUCUCAAUCGGAUUGAUCGAGAAGUUCACGACGGGUCCGCUUUCAAUGAGGAGCAGGACACCACCCCCACGGACCUUCGGUAUAUCGACUUAGAUCUCACGUCGUUCGAAAGCGUACAGAAAUGUGCAGCCGAGUUUAUCGCCCAAGAGGAACGGCUUGACCUUCUCGUGCUUAAUGCUGGUAUUAUACGUAUUAUGCCAGGGAAGACGAAGGAGGGCUAUGAAAUCCAUUUUGGGCUCAAUUACCUCGGCCACUCACUCUUAGCAAGACUAUUGACGGCGACGAUGAAGCGAACCGCGCAACAACCGGAUGCUGACGUGCGCCUCGUAGUUGUUUCAAGCGAGGGACACGCUAUGGCACCAAAAGGUGGGAUUCAGUUCGAAAAGUUGAAGACGGAUUGUGCUAAGAUGUCGUAUUCGCAACGCUACGGACAGAGCAAGAUAGCUUUAAUCGCCUUCAUGCGCGAGUUUGGUCACCGCUCGCCGGAGAUAAGGACGGUUGCGGUACACCCGGGCAGGAUUAUCACGGGAAUGGCCGCCUCCCUCGGAAAGGAGAGUCGACUCGCCCGCGUUACGGCGCCGAUAGCCCCACUCCUCUGCGUGCCGGUAUCUGUCGGUAUAAAAAACUAUUUGUGGGCGGCGACAAGCCCUAAUGUCAUAAGCGGUAAGUACUAUGAGCCCGUUGGUGUACCUGAUAAAGAAACCAGCGCGGCGAAAGACGAAGAACUUUCUAGGAAGCUGUGGGAUUGGACGGAAGCUGAGCUAAGGGGGGCUGGCAUCCUUGAGUAAGCGGUACAUAUACGUAGAAAAGAGAGAAUAUAUGAAAUAGACAUUGUCGGUAC